AAUUGGAAAAAGAUUUCGAAUGACAUUACAGCUGUCAGAAUUGUUGAUGCAUACACUUUUUUAUAACACAUAAUUUUUACAAAAGUACAAUUUUUCAUAGGAAACUUUUAUAAAUAUAAUUAUUAGCAACUUUAAAGUGAAAUAAAUUUAAUAUGAGUACUAGCGGUGAUUCGCAACCUUAUUUAAAUGAUUUUAUGAUGCGGGACGAUGAGGAUGGUGUGUCGGGCGAUGAUGAAUCGGAUAACAAGCAUAGUGGCGGAAAUUAUAUGCUACGUGAACAGGAUCGCUUCCUACCCAUUUGCAAUAUUAUAAAAAUUAUGAAGGUGCCGGUACCGGAGAAUGGUAAAAUCGCCAAAGACGCACGCGAAUGCAUACAAGAAUGUGUUUCAGAAUUUAUAUCCUUUAUCACUUCGGAAGCCAUAGAGCGUAGUAUAGCAGAAAACAGAAAAACCGUGAAUGGUGAUGAUUUAUUGUAUGCGUUUGCCAAUCUUGGUUUCGACAACUACGUUGAGCCAUUAUCUAUGUACCUACACAAAUUUCGUGAGUCAACCAAAUCGGAUCGUAAUUUAUAUAGUGAGACAAAUAUGCUGCAAGAUGAUUCUUCAACUGAAUUUCCAACAAAUGCGGACAACAGUAAUGCAAGUAUCAUAACAACAAAAGCAAUGACAACACAUAGUGGUGCAUUAACAAUAACAACAAAUGCUGUCAACCACACUACUGCAUCUAUAGCCAGCACCAUUAACACCUAUUCGGAUGUGAAACUAUUUGAAAUAAUCGAAGCAAAUCAGCACCAACAGCAAACACAACAACAACAGCAGCAGCGUCAACAAAAUGGUAUUCAUAGCAUCACUAUAACACCAACAACCACAACCACAUCAGCUGUACCACUUAAUAUAUUAAGUACCGGUUGCAAUCAAACAAGUAACAUUACUCCAGUAGCUACAUCCAAUGCACUGAACACAACAACUUUAGGCUCUGUACGCCGGUCAGCGCGGCUACAAACUCGUCCCACCCAAUUACCGAUAGUCACAACAGUGGCGAACGAGACGCCUGGCGCUAUAAUGAAUGCGGAUCAAAUGAUAUUCUUUGAUGCUGACGAAUUGCAUCAACAUGUUUUGCAGCAACAACAACAGCAGCAACAUAUUAAUGGCAAUAAUAAUUUUAUGCAUAUGUAAAGCAUAAUUAAGCAUUGCUAUUGUCGAAUUAACGAAUUUAUUGUCUUCAUUCUGUUUUAAGCGUGUUAGUGGUAGAAGCUAGAACGAUAAACUAAAGUGAAAAGGCUACAAUAGCGAUGGUUUCAUUUGUAACAAAUAUUUUCGUUACACUCGAAAAUAAUGGAGACAUAAUUUUUUAAAGUGUUGUAUAUUUUUUUUUACUAGAAUUUCUCUUCAAGAAGAGAUGAGUUGAACGUUAAUCAUAAUUUCCAUAGUUUUGUUAUUUAUGCUUUUCUAAAGUGUGUUUAGCUUAUGGUUGAGACAAAUUGUGUGUUGUCAAACAAUUAAAAAAUAUUUUGUACGCAGCGAUUUUUUAUAAAAUGAAAAUUAUAACUUUAGUUGUAUUCAUAAUAAAUAAUAAAUAUAUAAAUGGAAA